GGGUUUUUGUAAAAAAAAAUAGUUGGCAACCCUGAUCAGGGGCUGAGUAGUAUGUUGACGCUCAUGCCUGUCUGUAAGACUGAUACUCGUGUACAAGAGGCAUUUUGAAUUUCAAAAGGCAGUUAGAAAUAUCAUUCCGGUUGCCUUAAUUUUAUCUUUAAUAUACCAAACUAGAGGGUAGUCGGUGGUGUGUUAUGAAAGUACGCGGCUGUGAAGCGGUGAAGUCUGGUUUUACUUUAUGCUGUUGUGGUGGGCUGGUGGAUCACUUCUAAAGUUAUACAGUGGCAGCGCAUGGAAACUGCGGAUUUAAAGGGACAGUCACCGCUCUGAUUCCUCCACCAUGGCCUGCGAAGCCAGUGAAUUGAACCGAGAUCAGUAUUGUGAACUCUGCGGGAAGAUGGAUAACCUUCUCAAGUGCGGCCGUUGCAGAAACUCUUUCUAUUGCAGCAAGGAGCACCAGAAACAAGACUGGAAGAAGCAUAAGGUGGUUUGCAAGGAGGCCGAAAAGGGGCAGAACCUGUCACAGCCCGCACUACAGCCUGCACACCCCAAACAACAUCAGCUGUGCCGAGCCGAGAAAGGGGGGGAGCCGCAGAAGCCCGUUGAACCCGAGCCCAAAAGCGCUCCCCAAAGCGCUGACGACCCCGGGCCUUUCAAUUUGCCGGCAGACGGAGAAAGAAUUAGAGAUUCUGCCCCAUCAGAUGAGUCUGGUAGUAUAUCUAACAUCAAACAACCCAGAGAUGGGAUUAAUAACAACAUUAAGACAAACGGACAGACGAAAUCCCAUCCCCAGAUACUUGCCAUGGAAUAUAUAGUUCCGUGUAUGAACAAACACGGUAUCUGUGUAGUUGAUAAUUUUUUAGGAGAAGAUAGGGGACUUUGUAUUUUGGAGGAAGUUAAAUCCCUAUAUGACACUGGCAGAUUCACUGAAGGACAACUUGUCAGUCAAAAAAGUGACUCUUCCAAAGACAUAAGAGGUGACAAAAUAACGUGGAUUGAAGGAAAGGAGCCAGGGUGUGAGAAGAUUGGGUUUUUAAUGAGCCGCGUGGAUGAUCUUGUGAGACAUUGUAAUGGCAAAAUGGGAAACUACAAAAUAAAUGGCAGGACAAAAGCGAUGGUGGCAUGCUACCCAGGCAAUGGAACGGGAUAUGUGCGCCACGUUGAUAACCCAAAUGGAGAUGGGAGAUGUGUCACGUGUAUAUAUUAUCUUAAUCAAAACUGGGAUGCCAAGGAUCAUGGAGGUCUGCUUCGAAUUUUCCCAGAGGGUAAAGCACAGUUUGCCGAUAUUGAACCUAGAUUUGAUAGACUACUCUUUUUCUGGUCUGAUCGCAGAAAUCCUCAUGAAGUACAGCCAGCUUUUUCCACAAGGUUUGCCAUAACAGUCUGGUAUUUUGAUGCAGAUGAAAGAGCACGAGCUAAAGAAAAAUACUUAACAGGUGCAGGAGAAAAGGGAGUAAAGGUUGAACUAAAUAAACCUUCGGAUCUAAGUUUGAAAGACGUUUGACAUAUAAAACCCAAACCCCUCUAUGCCCUGCUAGUCUGCAGAGAAAACGGAUGCAUAGUAAAUGUGGAAGCAAACUGUCACCUGCUUCCUACACAUAAAUAACUCUAAUGCACUUUUUUCAAUUAAAAAUGAAUAAAUCAA